AUGCGAUAUGUUUUCUCGUUGGAUCAUGAUCGACUUCUUAUCGCCAAUAUUUGUAUUCCGGCCACAUCGGAAGACAAGUGUGCAUUGGCUGCACGACAACACUUAGUUUCGAAUGCAUCUCUCAUGGCUGUUUGGUGUUCACGAUGUGCUCUACAAUGUACCCAUACACAAUUUUCGAUCGAUGUUAGUGCAUUAUCGGCACCAACUGUGCAACAAAAAGCAUCAUGGAAAAAGGUUUUGCUACAAAACAAUUUUAAUAUACCCUUGCCGGAUGAUUUUUCUGCGAAUUAUGAUGCCUACAUGGACGCCAAUUAUCUACGAGUGACUGUAACAUGUGCUAGUACAUUUGUAACAGUGCAUAAACAACAGCCUAAAUUAACAGUUAUUGAUACAUUUUCGGCUAUUGGUGGCCACACUGGACUGUAA